AUGACCUUUCUUGCUGCUGCAUUUGGCCCCCUUGCUGCUCCGCAUUUAAGGGUGCUGCUGUCUGCUGCUGCAGCAGACGCAGCACAGACAGGAGAGGGUCCUGCUGCUGCUGCUAAAGACACCCACGCCUUGACAGAGGCCCCAAACAGCCCGCUGCAGCUGCUGCUGCAGCAGCAGCAGCAGCAGAAAGGGGAAGCCGCUGCUGCAGCAAACUCAGCAACAGCAGUUAAAACGGAAGCAGGAGCAGCAGCAGAUGCAACAGCAGCAGCAGCGGCAGACUCAGCAGCAGCAGCAGCAGCUGAGGAACCGCUGGUGCUGUACCCCCGUCAUGUGCUUCUUACAGAGCUGCUCCCUUGGGCAGACGCAGCAGGCAAAGCAAUGCGGCGUCGGGUGUACUGCAUCUUCGUUGAGGAGUGGCUAGACAAACCCCUGGAAGUGUUUAGAGAGCACUGCGGCGUUCUGCUGCCGCCCGCCCGCCUCCAUCCCUACUGCCUGUGA